GGGCCGCAUCUGAUGAACAUCGAGCAAAUUUAAAGACUUCUUCUCGGCAUUGUGGUUAAUACAGAAAUCUGAGGAUAAUUCGCUAUGGCGGACCAAACGCCCCCCGUCCAAGGCGCUUCUUCAGCGUCGGCUUCGUCUGCGGCGGCGGCGGCGGCGGCGACAGCGACAAGCUCUGGGUCUACUUACAAGGCCCCGACACCCAACCCAGCUUUCCGCAUGAUGGGAAUACCCGGGCUACCUAAGAAACUCCCCUCUCGCAACUGGAUGAUCUUCUUCGCCAUUACUGGGUCCAUAUCCGCCGCCAUAAUAUACGACAAGCGCGAGAAGAAGCGCGCAACUGCCCGGUGGUCUAGAGCAGUCUCCCACCUCGCGCGCGAGCCCAUUGCGAAUCCGACCCAGCUACCACGAAAACUCACCAUCUUCCUCGAGAGCCCCCCCGGUGACGGUCUCCGUGUGGCGCAGGACCACUUCACCGAAUACGUAAAGCCGAUAUUGGCCGCAUCAGGGUUAGACUGGGAGUUUGUGCAGGGCAGGAAAGAGGGCGACGUUAGAGCUGCGGUAGCUGAGAGGAUACGACGGACGCGGCAGCCGGAAACAGAGGCACAGACUCAAGAGGAGAUAAUACGGAAUAUAAGGAAGAAUAAUAAGACACCCGAAUGGCAUGGUCUUCGAGGCGAUAUCGUAAUUGGACGGCAUACGUGGAAGGAGUACGUACGGGGUACACAUGAGGGCUGGUUAGGACCUCUCACCCCGCCCGUAUUUCCGGAACCCGAAGUGAAGAAAGCUGAAGAGACACCAGCCGCGGAAGGGAGCGAAGGCGAGAAGCAAGAGCCGAAGCCCGAGGAGAAGCCCGAGAGACCACCGCAACCACCACCAUACAACACUACAAACGACUAUCCCACGUCCGCCCUUCCGAUGCUUAUCCCCGCCGAGUUCUCCCCUUCAGCACCCAUACCAUUCCCCCAUAUUCUCGGCUUCUCUAACACCUUUAUACGUUUAAGGCGAUUCGUCAACCGUCGCCACCUAGCCGACAACAUAGGCCGCGAAGUUGCAGCCGUAUGCCUGGCAGCGGCGCGCGAGUACCGCGAGGACCUAGACCUAACACAGGCAGAGCAACAGACUGCUCUCGAACACGAGGAGAGCGACUGGCCUAAGGCUACAUGGAAAGAAGAUAAGCCCAAGGAAGGCCAAGAAAAGAAGGUUUCCGCCAAGCCCCAGGAGAAGAUAUGGACAAGUCCCGUGGUGCUAGAUCCGCGAAUCGCGAUGCGCAUGCGGCGCUUCGAGAUCCAGCCUGAGGAGGAGGCUCGCGCCAAGGAAAUCGUGGUCCCCGAAGAGGAGAUAGAGGGUUGGAUCAAGGGCAGUUUCCGGAGCUUGUACCGCUGGGCCAUUUCGAAACCCGAGCCCAAUCCCUCGUGGCCUGACGAGUGAGCGUUGGCUACCGACCGGCCUACCUAGACUUGCCUCAAUCGAGGGAUCAUCAGGGAUUCGAAUGUAAAAUAUAAUAGUAUGCAUAGAAGGAUAACCUCAUCGUGCAUUGCCGGUUGGCAUACGGCUCUGCCUGUACUAACAUGCCGCAACUCAUCGGAUCUGCAUAAAAAGGUGGUGGUGGUAAGGGGGCAACGCUGGGAUGUGCUACGUUAUGUGUGCAGGGUAUUAUACGAUGACCAUGUGAUUAUGUUUGCAUUCAAAAAAAAAUCACAACUCUGGAGCACUAUUUCUCUGCCAAUUGUUGUCUCCUUCGUACAUUGUAUAAAUGUGGCAUUGCC